GGCUUGAAUUUUGUCGUUUAGCCGCCAUUUCCUCUACUUUCACCAUACACGGCGCUGAUCGCAAUCAGGGUAGAAGACGAGACGUCUCUACUACUGCUACGCGCCGCCGAUUAAUAGGACCUACGGGUCUGGAAUCGAAUUAACCUCUACAAUUUCCUCCUUUCGAUAGUUCUAGAAGAGGUUAUCCUCUUCGUUGACGUUCAUUAUGCAUUACGCCUAUCCCCCUCGAAAAAGUUCAAAUCCACCGCCUUAUCUACCCCGUACUUCGAGGAUAUCGAGAAUACGGAAGAGCCAUCUAAGGUCGAUCGUUUUAUUCGUGCUAGCAAUCGUCGGAUUGAUAUGGUUAUUCUCCGGUAGUUCGAAACAUAGGAGCCAUCAUACGAUAUCGGGAAAGCCACCUGUCGUCUUAGUGACCGUGCUCGAUGACACGAAUAGUAAUUCCGUAUAUAUAAAGAAUAUUAAGGAGAAUAGGAUACAGUAUGCGGAAAAGCAUGGAUAUGGCACGUUACUCGUAAAAGCGAGCGAUUACGAUCUUAAUGGGUCGCCUACGUCGUGGGCGAAGGUCGUGGCAAUGCGACACGCGAUAACCAAAUAUCCCGACUGCAAAUAUUUGUGGUAUCUCGAGCAAGAUGCCUUCAUCAUGAAUCCGAGUCUCAAAGUGGAGGAUUAUGUAAUGGGAACCAGCAAACUCGAAAGCGCAAUGCUCAAGGACCUCCCGGUGGUACCUCCAGAUAGCAUUAUCAAGACUUUCUCGCACCUCAAAUCAGACGAUGUCGAGUUCGUCUUAACGCAAGAUAAAGAGGGUCUAGCUACGGGUAGCUUUGUGAUAAAGAAUGGUGAAUGGGCUAAAUUCUUCCUCGACACUUGGUUCGACCCGUUGUAUCGAAGUUACAACUUCCAAAAGGCCGAGACACAUGCUUUGGAACAUAUUGUUCAAUGGCAUCCAACAAUUCUUUCGAAAUUGGCGAUUAUCCCUCAACGAAUGAUUAACGCUUACAGUAGCCACGACCAUGGUGAUCAGUAUAAGGACGGGGAUAUCGCCGUUUUAUUUGCUAGAUGUACUAACGCGGGGGAGAAGAGCUGCUCUAAAGAGUCGGAGCGAUUCUCACAGCAAUGGAGAACAUCAUUUUCCAGGGCAUGAAAUACCAAUUAUCUUACCAACCAACCAUAAUGUGUGACGAAAACGACUAUAUUUCAAAAUACAAGCACUGAACUCACAAUGCCGCAACGACGGGAAAAGCGGGAAAAGAAGAAAAAGAGGAGAGUGGUCGCUGUAAUGGGUUAUGGGCGUUCAAGGAGCACGAGGAUAGUAGAUUCAUUCGGUUGUUCUAUUGGUCCGCUAUCAAAACAUAGAGUGGACGGUGGCAUUUACAUAGGUGUUUUUGACGGCUUGGAGAUUGCCUUACUUUUUUCAAAGGUGCGCCACCGGCGCUACUGGAUGUAUUAUUUCUCGCAGACUAUGGCCGAGAAGAGGCCAUCGAUGUUGGGUCGAUGGCCCCCUUUUAUGUACCGCGUAUCCCCUUAAAAACAAACGAACACAUUCUAUGAUCUUUACAGAGCGUUCA